CCCUUUUCCUCGAUUAAUAAAACGGAUUUAUUCACCAGACAUGGAGGAGGAGGGUACUGAUCCUCGAUUUGUAAAGUUGGAACCUGUGUUUAGAUGUUCAAAGUUGAAAUGUGGUGAAAGGCAAAGCAUUCCUUUAACAGUGGAGUGGUCCAUGUCACUCUCACACGAUGUGAUUUUAGCUGGAUGUCAUGAUGGAGUGGUAUUAGCUAUGGGGCUCUCAUUCUGUCUCUUUUCAUUGAAAAAGUUCUUUCUAAUUUAGAAUAAGAAACAUUGGUGGUCAAUACAGCCUUCAAUUUUGCGUGCUCUUGAUAAGUUCUCUUCGGAUCUGUUUCUGAGUAUUUUGCAUUAUUUUUUUUGAAAAUGAAAAGUUUAUCUUAUUCCACUUCCAUCUGCGAAGUUUUCAUCUAGCCCAGCAUUUAUAAGAAGUAUCCUUUGUUUACGAAGAAUCAAUUGAUGAAGUAAUAACUUCUCUUUCAGGUUGCUUUAUGGAAGUUUUCUACCACAAACUCCUCUAAAGACACAAAGCCUUUGCUUUGCUUCAGUGCAGAUACAGCUCCCAUAAGGGGUCACUUGCUUGGGCACCGGGUGAGAGGUCAGUAACUAGUAUACUAGGUACUUCUCAGUAAUUAGAUGACAGUGUUUAUCUACUCUUUUUUUCAACUAUCAUUAUGAUGAAUUGAUGAAUUUAUCUACUCAGUAAUCAGAUGUUUUCUUUUGGACUGUUUUCAGUCCCACAUCAGACCAGACCAGAUCAGAAUAGACCAGACCAGAUCAGAAUAGACCAGACUUCCGUAGUUAUAAAAUACUCAGAGAUCAGACGUUUACUAGACCAGUUCAGACCAUCAAAUUUCAGUCCAAAAGAAAACAUCCUACUUCUUAUUAUUUGAUUAUAUGUUUAUUUUUCAUGUCAAUGAAACUAUAUGGCAUAAUGAUAAAUUUGCACCAAUUGUGAGAGGGAAAAUAUCAUCAUCACUGCUAGCCACAAGGGUUUGAAGUAUUGGGACUUACGGUAAGUCGGUAAUUAUGCUUAUAAAUUUUACUUGCAGUUUGUAUUUUUUUCUUUCAUUUUGCUUCAAUUGGAAUGUAUACUCUAAUGGAUCCUUUCAAGUUCUAACUAAAUUCUUAUUUAACUUUUUUCUGCUGUAAUUGCAUUAUCUUUUAAAAAGUCAAAAUAUGUAGUUUCACGAUACAUUCUUUUGAUGACCUAAUACUUGUUCUGAAGUGAUCCAUUUCAACAUUUGCGAGAAUACAAUCCUGGUCAAGGAGUGUGUAUAUAGUUUGGAUUGGUUACCAGAUCCAAGGUUUGUGAUAUUCUCUUAAUCGAUUUGGUUGAUAUAAAUAAUACUUUCCAAAUUUAGUCUCUCUCAUUCAAAUUUGAUUGUCAACGGUGAAGGUGUAUUUUGGUAGCUUGUGAUGAUGGAACCGUAAGAGCAUCUCUAAUGUUAUAAUGUCAACAUUAAUGUCAACAUUAGACGGUCUCUUUGACAUUGUGGAGAAAAAUUUACCAAAACUGUAUAAAAUCAUUCAAAUAAGGAGAGAAAUAAUUUAUUUACUAAUAUUUAUGUGGUCAUCUCGCAUGCCACGUGUGCACCGUGCACAUUGUACCAUUGAAGAUGCUCUAAGGAUUCAGAGUCUGGUAAAGGCUACCAAUGAUUUCCAUCUGUCCGGAAAACUAGGGGUGGGCGCGGUCCGGAACGGUCCGGUAAAUUAGUAAAACCCGUAAUGUAUCAGUGAGGUUUUAACGGUCCGUUACGGUCCGGUUUCAAGGAUGGAACCGUUCGGUACCAUGUCGUUUCGGAACGGUACAAAACGGUACGGUACAAUGCCAAACACAUGCUAAAAAAUUUGAACAAAUCUUGCAAUUAUUAGAUAUCAUCACACCAACCAACUCACAUGAAGUGUUGAUAUAAAUACAAGAAAUUGCAUAUAUAGGACUAAAAUUCACAAAUAAACAAAUAGUGCAACACAACUAAGAAAGAGUAUAUCAAAACGAUGAUAAACGAGAUAAAUAUCAUCCUUAAUUUACUUAGUUCAUGUGAAAAUAUAAAAAAAAUAUCAUCAAAUUGUUGAAUAUAAUAGAAAUCCUCAACGUUGAUCUUCUUCUUCAUUCUAGGUUAAAUAUUACUCCGUAGUUCUAAUUCAAUUUAUAGUUGAACCUUGAGAGCUAAGAUUUAAACCAUAUUAAUUAAGUUGUAAAAUUGCACAAACAUGAUACAACAAAAAGUCAUGUACGCUAACAUUACUAGAAAUGAAGUCAUUAAUGAUUUCUCUAAAAUUUUAAUAUUCUUUCAAUACAUACCAAAAUAUAACAUAAAUUAUCUAAAAAGAAAAAAUAACAAUAUAUACGGAGUAUAUUAUAUACUUCGUAUAUAAACACCCACAUUUAGCUAUUUUAAAGACACAUAAAUACAUACGUGGACUAUAAAAUUGUUGGUGUAUAAAAGAGUUCUAUUGAAUUGGUAUAGAAAAAAUAUAAAAAAUUCAAGUGCAUUAUUUUCAAACGGUUCGGUCCGGUAUUUUUCAGUUCUCAAAAUCUAGGACCGGUCACGUACCCGUUUCAAACGUUACAGUUUCGGUACGGGACAAAAAUAUAUAGAACCGUUUAAAUACCCGGUAUUCGGUUCGGUACCAUUACGGGACGGUUCGGUACCGGUUCGGUUCGGAUUUUAUGCCCACCCCUACGGAAAACCACUCACCAUAUCUAAACAACACGGAUUUCACACCUAUAUGCGAUCUUCUUAUGCACUAUGGAGUCUGCAAGCUUCAUGGCUAACAGGUUGCUUCUCUCUUACUUAAAGAUGUAUCAUGGUUUUAUAAUCUUUUAUUGGGUUUGAAUCCCCUGUCCCAUUUGUCCCACUUGUCCUAUCUCUUUGGCGUAACAUUUAUUCAGUUUGAUCUAUAUCUAUUAAUUAAUAACUUCAAGGAGUUUUCAUUAGCUAUUAUCAUGCUUUUAUGGAAUACAUGAUUGGGAAAGUGAAAAAGAAAUUUACAAACCACUAACCUCAAUAAUAACUCUUUUGAGUUGGUACAUUCAUUUAACAUGUCAAAGCGCAGCUGCUUGACACACACCAUUCAAAUAUAAUAUAAUGAGACAUUAUAACACAAACUAUUUACAAUUUUACAUGUAAAUCUGUAGAGUACUCCCCUAUCAUUGAGGAAUAUGUGUCGUGUUUUGGGGAUGAUGAGAAGAAGUUCCGAAUUACAAAUUAUUAUUUAACAAUAUGAUCCUGACACGUCUCAACUCUCAAUACUACAACAAGAACAUCCUCACCUUAGUCCCAGGUGAAUUUAAGAUCAACUUACAUGAAUUGACUUAUGAAAUCGAAGCUAAUAAGGAUAAUUAUUAAAAGAUAAAAUAAAGAUAAAAUGAUAAAGAACAUGAGAAAAAUAAAACAUGGGAAUUAGAAAUAUAAUCAUAUGAUGUAUAAAUGCUUAGUUGUGGUAAAAUAAUGCUCCUACAAGAAACCCAAGAUCCAUAUCCCAAAGCGCAGUUUAUAUAACUUUGAGUUUACAAAAUUCACGAUGCUUCAAAGAGCCAUUGUCUGGCGCAAACUCGUUUACAAGUUCUUGGAUACUGUUAUUGGAUUUAACUUUUAGGAUGAAAAUAAACACAUAAAAGAUAACAAAAAAUUACUUAUACAAUGAAACCACACCAAUCAAGUAUAAUUAUUAGAGACAUGUAUAUAAGUUCGACUACUCCCUUGUGAAUGAGAAGCCUGAUAAGCCUUAAUAAUUGGCUCAUAUAGUUCAUGGUUGCUAUGAUGAUCAUGAGAAUAUAUUUAUAGCAACUCUAGUAACUUUUUUUAUUUAUAAAAUUUAUUUCGAAAUAUUUUUAAGAAACCUAUAUUAUUUAUAUAUAUAUAUACAUCUUGCAUAAAAUACUAAGAUAAUUAUCUUCUUUAAAUUUGAAUUGUUUGUGAUUUUGGAGACUAAUAUUUGUGUUAUUAUUUGCAGUUUGUAUUUUUGAUUAAUUUUAUUUGAAAAUAAGUGUUAAAAUAUAAAAGAACAAUGACAUAUUUCACGUCCGGGCUUUAACCGGUCCAACCCGAACUCGGACCGAACCCGGGCUACCAAAAACCCGACUCGAACCGAAUAUAAUGGGCUUUGUUCCGAUCCCUAAUUUUCAUAACCCGAGACCUUCCGGGUAAUUUCCAGGUUUAGCAAAAACCCGACCCAAACCGGACCGAUCCCACCCCUAAAUAUUCCCCCCUCAAACUCAGCGUGAUGAAUUUGAGAAAUCAAUCACAUUGAAUUUGUCUUUCAACUUAAGAAAUCUGGAUGUGGCUAGUGGCUUGGUUAGCACAUCAGCAAUUUGAUAGGAGGCAAGAAUAUGUUCAACUUGAAGCUUCUUGUGAAAGAUCUUCUCUCUGAUAAAGUAGAGAUCAAGUUCUAUAUGUUUAAUCCUGGAAUGGAAGACAUGAUUAUGUGCUAGGUGAAUUGUACUCAGAUUAUCACAGUAGAUUUGAGGAACAGAAAAUGGAACUUGAAUCUCUUGAAGAAGGUACUGAAGCCAUAAUAUUUCUGCUGCAGUAUCUGCUAGACUUAUGUAUUCAGCUUCAGCUGAAGAUCAGGCAACACAUAGUUGUUUUCUGGACCACCAAGAGAUUAGGUUAGGUCCUAAAAAUAUGCAAGAACCAGGUGUUGACCUUCUAUCAGAUCAUUAGGAUCUGAUGCCCAAUCUUUUUUUUUUUUAAACCCAGAAGGCAAACCACCAAAAUCAGUGGGGCAAAUGCCGGGAAACAUUUGCCAGAUUUUAUUGAUUAUUGAAAAAAAAAAUACAAAGAGAGAGGGGGACAAGACCAAAACCUCUCUAGAAGGCAUCCCUUCCGUAAAUACAUUAAAGUAACGACAAAUUUAAAUGAAAAAAAAAACUGCAACCGACAUGGGGGGACCAAACCUUACCCAUGCCAAAAACAAAAGGGAAAAGGGGCAAAUAAGCCCUCGAACUAAUAAAAAAAGUGCAAAUAAGCCCUUUUGUAGGAGGUUCUGUCCGAUCAUCAUCAUUUGGAGAGGUUCUCGGUGGAAUUUUUUGAUGAAUUUUUUUGAGCAUCUUCUUCAUUAAGUCUAGUUUAGCCAUACCAAAUUUCAGCUAAAAAUUCAAUCGGGAAGGCACUCAAAUGAUUUUCGGAACUACACUGCGUUGUUUAACUGCGCAGUUAUCUUAAAAAAUUCAUUUGACUGCCUUCCCGGUUGAAUUUUUAGCUGAAAUUUUGUAUGGGUAAACUAGACUUAAUGAAUAAGAUGCUCAAAAAAUUUCAUCAAAAAAUUCCACCAGGAACCUUCCCAAAUGACGAUAGACAGACGAAAUCUCCUACAAAAGGGCUUAUUUGCACUUUUUUGAUUAGUUCGAGGGCUUAUUUGCGCCUUUUCCCAAAACAAAAUAAAUGCCAAGAAAAUUAACAAUAUCUAAUCAGCAUCACAGAAUGCUAGUAGCUGAGUAGGUGACCUUGAUGUAUGAGGUUUAAUCUGAAGACCAUGUUUAAGUGUACCAGACUGCCUUCUAGUUUUCAUCUAAAGGAGAUGCCAUGAAAUGACAUGCUUUGUUUACUGCAAAGCUGAUCUCUGGUCUUGGUAAAGUAACAUGCUGAAGAGCUCCUACAAUAGAUUUGUAAUGAGUAGGAUCAGCUAAAUAGUUGCUUCCCUCUUUGCGUAGUUUGCAGCUACUAAGCAUAGGUAACUUGCAGUCUAGAUAUAUUCCUAAUAGUGAUAGAUGGCCUCAUUGGCUCAUUAUGAUGCAUCGUGUAGUUAUUAGAAAUUACUUCAAAUAGAACUUAAACUAUGACAAAAAUUCAAAAUAGGACUUGCUGUGUUUUUUAUUCCAAAAAAAUAGGACCAUAUUGGUCUUAUUGGAAACAUACCUAUUUCUUCAUUCCAUUCUUACCCCUCCUUUAAAUAUGAGUAAAAUAUAGUCAAAAGUCAUAAUUAAAUGUUUAAUUCAUAAUAAAUUCGAAAAAUUUCAAGAAUUCGUAGAAAAAUAAAAAAAAUUAACAAAAUUUACAAUAAAAUAAAAAUUCAAAAAAAUGUUUUUUUUUUAAUUUUUUUUAAUUAAUAAAAAAUAGUAAAACUCCAUAAAAAAUUAAAAAAUAUAGGGAUGCCUUUCCCACCGUCUGACUACCUCCCUGCAUCACCACCUCUGAUCGGUGUAAAAAAUGCCACUUUUUUUUUAAAUUCCAAAAAUAUGACAUAUUACUCUAUGAGAAUGUCAACAUUUUCAUUCUGUCAACUUGAAUCCUUUUGACUUCUUCCAUAAAUAUGGCAUUCGUAAUAUUUUUGGCAUUCUUUUCCCCCGGUGACAGGAGGUGGUGGUAUUGCCUCCCUGCACCACCACCUACGCCCGUUAAAAAAUGUCAUAUUUACUAAAAACUCCAUUUUCUCUUGAAAAUGCCAAAAAAAAUGGCAUAUUUCUCUUUGAGAAUGCCAACUUGAAUCAUUCUGCCAACUUGAAUCAUUCUCACUUCUGCCAAAAAUAUGAUUGAAUUUGUCAUUUAGCAUUUAGCACUUCUGCCAUAAAUUUGUUCAGACUUUAGCAAGUGAGAGAUACUACACUCUAUUUUCGUACUACGCAGUUCAAAGUUCUAAUAGUUAUUACCCCCUCUAUUUGUGUAGUUCCAAAACGGGCUACAGGAGAAAAACUCAUUUGAACUUUCGAAUUGUAAAGCGGGUGAUAAAUGGCCUCAUGAUGACACAUUCUGUAUUUUUAUGUUUCUUUUUUAAAUUAAGAGAUGGUGGCAUAUUGCGGUGCUGAUGGGACUGUUACCUAUUUCCAGUUAACUAAACAAGUCGAGAGCGACGCCAUCAGAUAUCGAACUCCACAUUUUCUUUGUGGAUCAUUUGCGGAGGUAGAAUCUGUCAUUACAGUAAUCACACCAACGCCUAAUAUCCCAUUCCGGAUGAUCAAGACAAACAAGUGGACAGAUUUGUUGAGAGUUGUACGCACUUCUGCAUCAGGACCACCCAAUGAAGAAAAAUCAACAAAGGAGGGUGAAUUGAGAAGCCUCCCUUCAUCAGAUAAACAACUAGGUAACAUUUUGUCUACACUUGCAUUUAAAGGAAGAACUUAGUUUUAGACUUCACAUUUGAAGAGUGAUGUAAUCUUUUUUUUUGUCCCGGUUGGAGACCAAGAAAGCGUACAGACUUUCUUGGGGUAGGGGCCAGGGAACACCCUACCAGUUUAUUUAUGAAUGAAAACAUAAAUAAACAGGCGACUCACAAGAACAAACAGGCGCCUAAAUUAAAAGCAAGCGACAUUAAUGAAACAAAAACUACUCAACCAUUGCCCUUCAGUGGCGAAGUAGAUGGAUAUGAACUGCCUUCCAAGAGUGUAGCAAUCCACAGGGUGAGAUGGAAGGCAGUGAGAGGUGGUUAUGCUAUGGAGGAGCACCCGGAAUUGUUCGCUGCCAGUGGAUUGGCACGCCCACUUACUAUUGAUUACAUGCUUAUAAAAACCUUCUUUUUAGAUCAUCACAGAGGACGACAUCCUCCAUUUGACCUCCAAAUAACACUGACUAAUAUGUUUGCUCUAUUUGAUACUGUGUAUUAUUUGUAGAAGCUUUUUAAUACAUCAGUUUAAAAUGUGAAUAAUUAGUUAUACAUUCUUUUAAC